AAACAGGUAACUGGUUAUGCAGAGAAACAGAAGAAGAAGAAGUUUCAGAUUUUGUGAAUUCAGAUUAGUUUCGUUCUUUGUGGAAUCGUAACGGAAUUUUACUUAAGCGAGUGAGAAUUGCGAGUUUUUUCUUAGAUGUCGUCAGUUUUGUUUUGGUUCUCUGGGAUAGUCUGUGACUGAUUUUUGACUUUAUUGGUGAUGCUUGGACUUGUGUUCUUGUGUGUUCUUUUGGUGUCCACGCCAUGUUUUAGCUUAUCACAGUAUGGGGGCUCUGAAUUUGAGAGCUCUGUGAGAUUGUUUUCGGAUGAAGAUUCUGGGAAUUCUACUAGUUCUCCGAUUUCUGUGACUUGCCAAGACUUGGAUGGUGUUGGAUCUUUGAAUACCACUUGUACAUUGAACUCGGAUUUGCGGUUCGAUUCUGAUGUUUAUGUAUAUGGAACGGGUAAUCUGAACAUACUUGCCCAUGUUUUAGUCAAUUGCCCUAUCGAAGGAUGUAUGAUCAUUUUCAAUGUAUCUGGAACUAUUCAUUUGGGUCAAUCAGCAAGAAUCGUUGCUGGUUCUGUGGUUUUUUCUGCUAUCAAUUUAACAAUGGAUAGCAAUUCGUCUAUCUACACGACAGCAUUGGCUGGACCACCACCUUCUCAGACUAGUGGAACACCAUAUGGUAGUGAUGGUGCGGGGGGAGGCCAUGGUGGGAGAGGUGCUUCCUGUGUGAAGAGUAAUAAGACGACCUAUUGGGGUGGUGAUGUUUAUGCUUGGUCGUCUUUGCAUGACCCGUGGAGCUAUGGGAGCGAGGGAGGGGUUAAGUUAUCCACAAAGAAUAUCAGAGGCAAAGGUGGAGGUCGUGUCAGACUCCUAUUGAAGGACACGGUACAUGUGAAUGGAACUGUUUACGCAGAUGGUGGUGAUGCUGGAGAGGAAGGGGGUGGAGGAUCUGGAGGAAGUAUCUGUAUUCGUGCGGUAAAGCUGAAGGGUUAUGGUAAAAUAUCUGCAUCGGGUGGGAGGGGAUGGGGUGGAGGUGGCGGAGGAAGGAUCUCCCUUGACUGUUACAGCAUACAAGAAGAUGUCAAAGUUUUUGUGCAUGGUGGCGCAAGUGUCGGGUGUCCCAAAAAUGCUGGAGCAGCUGGAACAUACUUUAAUGCUGAAUUAGUGAGUUUAAGGGUUGGAAAUGAUAACAUGACUACAGAGACAGAAACUCCUUUGCUCGAUUUUCCUACAAGGCCUCUGUGGUCAAACAUCUAUGUAGAUAAUAAUGCAAAAGUUUUGGUCCCGCUGCUGUGGACCAGAAUGCAGGUUUUUGGUGCGUUACGACUUGUUACGAAGAUGCUGCUCAUGUUGAAUUCUGUGAUUCAAAUUGAUGGUGAAGGAAACCCUGCGGUGCCUUCCUCUGUCCUCGAAGUUCGCAACCUUGCAGUUCUAAGGGGAAAAUCCGUCAUUACUUCUAAUGCAAACUUGGGUGUAUAUGGUCAAGGAAUGUUGACGCUCUCCGGUCCUGGGGAUGCAAUUAAAGGCCAGAGACUUUCCUUAUCUCAAUUUUACAACAUAACUGUUGGGCCAGGUUCUUUACUUCAAGCACCACUUGAUGAUUACGAAAGCAAAAACGCGGUUACUCAGACCCUUUGUGAGAGCAAAACAUGCCCAAUAGACUUGAUCAGUCCGCCGGAUGAUUGUCAUGUCAAUUAUACACUAUCCUUUUCCCUUCAGAUAUGUCGAGUUGAAGACAUUCUUGUGAUUGGACUUGUGAAAGGAAGCAUAAUUCAAAUCCACAGGGCGAGAACAGUAGUGGUUACUGAUGAUGGCUUGAUUACUGCAACUGGAUUUGGUUGCAGUGGUGGCUUGGGGAAGGGGCUUUAUUCAAAUGGAGCUGGUAGUGGUGCUGGGCAUGGAGGAAGAGGGGGAUCAGGCAUUUUCAAUGGGAGAGUAUGCAACGGAGGUCAUACCUAUGGUGAUCCUGAUUUUCCCUGUGAGCUAGGAAGCGGAGCAGAAAGUCCAGAUAAAUCAUAUGGGAAUGUGACUGGUGGAGGGAUGAUAGUAAUUGGCUCCAUCCAGUUUCCUCUUUUGACACUUAAUCUGUGUGGAUCUCUGAGCUCUGAUGGCCAAAGCCUUUGGAAGCCAACAGCGAAUGGUAACAGAUCUUUGGUCGGCGGAGUUGGUGGGGGAUCUGGUGGGACGAUUCUUCUUUUCCUUCAGAUGCUUGAGCUCUCAAAGAAUUCAUCUCUAUCAGUUCGAGGGGGCCGGGGUGGCCCUCUUGGGGGUGGUGGGGGUGGAGGGGGAAGACUUCACUUUCACUGGGACAUGUUACACACUGGGGACGAGUAUUCUCCUGUUGCAGUUGUCAAGGGGUCCAUUAGUAAUAGAGGAGGUGCAGGGGACAAUGGCGGUCGAUUCGGGGAAGAGGGAACAAUGACUGGGAAAAAGUGUCCGAAGGGACUCUAUGGUACAUUUUGCUUGGAAUGCCCCAUUGGCACUUACAAGAAUGUUGAAGGCUCUGACAAACGUCUUUGUACUCCCUGCCCGCCUGACCAUCUUCCAAGUCGUGCAAAAUUUGUAUACGUACGAGGAGGAGUUAGUGAACCUGUUUGUCCCUAUAAAUGUGUAUCUGACAAAUACAGAUUGCCAAACUGCUAUACACCUCUGGAAGAGCUUGUCUAUACAUUUGGAGGGCCAUUGCCCUUUACCCUUCUUCUAUCUUGUGUGGUGGUAGUUUUGGGUCUGUUGCUAAGCACAUUAAGUAUCAAAUUGCUCAGAUUGAGUUUCUAUGGUGCCAAUUCCAUCGAACACCAGAGUGCUCAUUGUUUACCCCAUCUUCUGUCACUCUCUGAGGUUCGAGGCGCAAAAUCUGAGGAUACGCAAACCCAUGCUUACCGUAUGUACUUCAUGGGUCCAAACACUUUCAGGGAACCUUGGCAUCUGCCCUAUUCUCCUCCUGAUGCAAUCAUAGAGAUAGUGUACGAAGAUGCUUUUAACAGAUUUAUUGAUGAAAUAAACUCUACCGCAGCAUAUGAUUGGUGGGAAGGGUCUGUGCACAGCAUUCUAUCAGUUCUAGCAAAUCCUUGUGCCUGGUCGUGGAAACAAUGGCGUCGCAGGAGAAAAAUUCACCGCCUUCAAGAAUAUGUCAAAUCUCAAUAUGACCACUCUUGCCUCCGCUCAUGCAGAUCUAGAGCUCUCUACAAAGGGAUGAAGGUUGGAGCCACUCCGGAUCUGAUGGUUGCAUACAUAGAUUUCUUUCUUGGCGGUGACGAGAAGCGUGUAGAUAUGGUCUCCAUUAUACAGAAAAGAUUCCCAAUGUGCAUACUUUUUGGUGGACAUGGAAGUUAUAUGUCACCUUAUAGUCUCCAUAGUGAUACACUGUUAACAAAUCUUCUUGGCCAGCACAUCCCACCAAGUGUUUGGCACCGGUUUGUUGCUGGUUUAAAUGCUCAGCUUAGGACUGUGAGGCACGGAUCAAUUCGUUCAGCAUUACUCCCUGUCAUUAGGUGGAUAAACAGCCAUGGAAAUCCUCAGCUAGAAUUCCAUGGAGUAAGAAUUGAACUUGGAUGGUUUCAAGCUACAGCUUCUGGAUAUUACCAACUUGGUAUCUUGGUUUUUGUUGGCGAUUUUCCUCUGAACACUGUAAACCGAUCACUUUCGUUCAGCAGAAGUGACGACGAGUCACCUCGGAACAGCUCUGCAUGUCCCAGCAAAUCUCUUAUCGAGUUGCAGCAAAACUUGAUCCAACCAGGACAUGGAUUAUCUAGGAAGAGGAUCAAUGGUGGAAUCAAUGGAGGCCUCAUCAAUGAGAUUUCACUAGAAUCUUUGGAGUACCGAAGGGAUUUACUUUUUCCAUUUUCUCUCUUAUUGAACAACACUCGACCUGUUGGGCGUCAGGAUACACUUCUCCGUUUGAUCUCCAUCCUUCUCCUUGCUGAUCUUUCAGUUACGCUACUUGCAUUACUUCAGUUCUAUUGGCUUGCCAUUGCAGCCUUUCUCGCUAUCCUCCUGAUUCUCCCUCUCUCCCUGCUUUGCCCAUUCCCUGCCGGCCUUAACGCUUUAUUAAGUAAAGAAAUGAGAAGAGCCUCACUUACUCGUAUCUACGGCCUUUGGAAUGCUACAUCUCUAACAAACGUCAUUGUGGCUUUCAUUUGCGGUGUCAUUCAUUCCGGGUUUUUCUCUGACGAGCUACCAAACAUCUGGAACGCCAUCAGGGAUGAUGAUAGAUGGUGGGUGUUACCAACAAUCCUCUUGUUACUCAAGUCAAUACAAGCUCGAGACGAAAAUCACCACCAAAUCGCCGCCAUGUUGAAACAAGCUUCUCGUCUCCUCUCCCGAUCUGUCGCCGCCGCAUCUUACAAAUCGGCGACAACUCGUGCCUUUUCAACGGAACUUCCAUCGACGAUCGAUUCCACUUUCGUCGAGGCAUGGAAGAAAGUCGCACCGAAUAUGGACCCACCGCAGACUCCUUCUUCUUUCAUGAAACCUCGUCCUUCGACUCCUUCUUCUAUCCCGACGAAGCUCACCGUCAAUUUUGUCCUCCCCUACACAUCUGAGCUUACCGGGAAAGAGGUCGACAUGGUCAUCAUUCCUGCAUCAACAGGACAAAUGGGUGUCUUGCCCGGACACGUUCCAACAAUUGCUGAGCUCAAACCAGGUAUCAUGUCCGUCCAUGAAGGCACUGACGUGAAGAAAUACUUCCUGAGCAGUGGUUUCGCAUUCCUCCACGCAAAUUCCGUCGCCGACAUAAUCGCGGUUGAAGCUGUACCACUUGACCACAUUGACCCUAGCCAAGUCCAAAAGGGUUUGGCUGAGUUCCAACAGAAACUUGCUUCUGCCACAACAGAUCUUGAGAAAGCAGAGGCACAGAUUGGUGUUGAGGUUCACAGUGCCAUCAACGCAGCUCUCUCGGGCUAAAAGAAGGUUUCUCUCUUUCUUUAUUUCUUCGAAGAGAAAAAAAACUAAAUCAUUUGGCUUUUCAAGUGAUUAGUGAAGUCCCUUUUUACUACUACAAAGGAUGGAAUAAACUAGAAAUUGAUUUUUCUUGUUUAAUUGUGUUGGACUUUUGUUUGAAUAAAUGAUUUUGUUUAAC